AUGGAGGAAGAAAUCCAUUAUGCUACGGUGGUUUUUAGAAAUAGUGGGGACGCUCCAAAAGUGAAAAAAGAGGAACCACCAAUUCAUUUUGAAGCAAAACCUAAAGGCUCUUCUACUCCUGUACAGACUUCCUCAUGUCAAGCAGAUGGUGAAGCAGCUGCACGCUGUCACUUCCGUGUGUUGGUGGCGUGUUCGGGGGUUCUCUGUGUCCUGCUGGUGGCGAGCAUCAGCGCCAUCGUCUACAUCAGUGUGGUGUUGAAGGAACAGAGAGCAAACCACAGUGAACUCACAGCCGAGAAUCAGCAGCUGAUCGUGGAGAGGAACAUGUUGGAGCGAGAGGCCAAGGAGCUGAGCAGAGUCACAGAGAACCUUAACUGGACGCUGGGAGUCAUCCUGAAGUUUAACACCUUUCCAGUAAACGACUACUGCCCUGACAAAAAGUGUCAGCCUUGUCAGGAAGGCUGGAUUCAGUUCCAGGAAAAGUGCUACCUGUUUUACAACGAAAAAGCUCCCUGGAAGACAUGGCAAGAGAGCCGAACGUACUGCCAAAAGACAACUGCAGAUCUGGUUGUUAUUGAUAGUCUGCAUGAACAGGAAUUCAUCAGUAAUCACACCGAGUACUACUACGACAACUUUCAUGGAUUCUGGCUCGGGUUACUUGAAACCAAAGACAACAUCUGGGUCUGGGUAGACGGACGUAAUGACACUCUCGGGUACUGGAUGAUGAAGGAACAGGGGACCCCUGGUCCCUGUGCCCUGAUGAUCCCUGGGAGGGAUUUGACAGCCAGCUGGGACCCAGCAAACUGUGUGAUGCGAAACAAAUUCAUCUGUGAGAUUGAUGCGCUUAUAAAGUCAAAUUAGUGGGCAAUAUUUAGUUGUUUUUAUCCUCCUGUGUUUUAUGCAAAACUACAUUUCCAGAUUAUGAUUUAACAUGUACAUUUUUAUCAUUUUGUGUCGCACAUCUUUUUGAGCGGAUAUCUGUUUGCUGAAGGUGUUUAAUGUGUAAACUGAAGAAAUGAUAACGAAACACAAAAUAUAACACACGGUUUUCAUUCUCACAAGAAGAGCCUGUGGAUGUUUCUGAUAUUCGACCGGAGAUCAGGAGGAACAAAAAGCACAGUUGCUCACUGUAAUCUUAUUUAAAUCAUGGCAACUAAACAUUAGUGACCUUUACCGAGAAGAUACGGUACAAUACAUCUAAAUAUCACUUCAUGCACUUUUGAGAGAAUGUUUUUUGUUCAUUUGUUUAAAAUUUUAUUUUUCUCAUAAAUCACGACUUUGCAAGAGUACAUUCAAACAGACGACGACCACUGUGGAGUUAAAUUGAAAAUCUGUGCAAUCACACAUAAAAAACAUAGUUAUGUAUAAAAUGGUUUUGGAUUAAAAUCGUUAAAUAGUAUUAUCACUGAGAAUAAGUCAAUGGAACAUGUCAAGUGUUUCUUACAAUGAUCAGAAAUUUAAAAUCCUUGAAGCAAGCUGACUUCUGCAACUUCUGCACCAAACAUCUGCAAAGUGAUGAAACAAUGUUCUUCUUGUGGCCGACUUACAUGUUUUGUACUCGUGCAGAAGUUUCUGGUGUUGCAAAACAUGUGGUGCAAAAACAGUUCCUGUUUACUUUCACUCAUAUUUCAUAUUGAAUCGUAUUGUAUGUUUGUUUAAUUACAUUUGUUGUUGUUUUUUUAAAUAUGUAUUACAUUAUUCCAUGUCUUAUUCUUUAUCGUCUU